UUAUAGCAAGAGAAGAAGAAUACAGCCAGUGUGAGCAAAGAUGGCUGACAGGAGAAGGAGUCUUCAGCACAGCUAACUUAAGAGCCGUUAACUGUUCUUCGUUUCGUGUCCUGAGCAGACAGCGUUGAUUUUAUUGAGACAUGGACGAUGUGGAGAUCACAGACGUGGACGACGACUCUCCUUUCCGGGUGGAGAAGCCCAUCAGGAACCCGGACCUGACUUCUGUGAGCCUGACCGCCGGAGAGAUCCUGUCCCAGUAUGGAUGGUACAUGCUGAUUGUGACUGUCCUGGUCUACCUGCUCAUCCAGUACCUGAGCAAGAGGAGAUCCAGCCAGAGCAACAAUGGCACAGCCCCCGAAGUACUGCAAGAUGCUGUGUUAGUGGCGAGAAGGCAAGAAGCCAUGGAGGCAGCUCGGUUGAGGAUGCAGGAGGAGCUUAAUGCCAAAGCUGACCUCUUCAAAGAGAAACAGAGACAGCAAGAAGAAGAGAAGAGGAAGCAGAAGAUAGAGAUGUGGGAGAGCAUGCAGCAGGGGAAGAGCUACAAAGGAACCACCAAACUCCCACAGAACACUGAGGAGGCCAGCUCAUCCACAGCAGUGCUGAAACCAAAGGGGAAGAAGCCACUUCGUAGUGCAGACUACAAUCCCCUGAGUGGAGACGGAGGGGGCACGUGCUCCUUCAGACCCGGCAGGAGAGGACCGUCAUCUGGUGGAUGAGGUUAAAGAAGGUCAGAGACAUUGGUCUGUACGACCUUUGACCUCUGACAUCCUGCUGUGCACACUGACUGACUGAAUCAAGCUGACAGUAUCACCAAACUUAUCUUGCUCCAUACUCGUGGUGGGUGUUGAUCAGUUCGCUUCAUUAUUAACAAACACCUGCCGUCCUGUUUGAUUUGAUCCUUUUUAUUUACUCUCUACUCUGCUGCCGUGCUAAACAUCUACGAUACUGUGAUUAUCAUGAAUCAUGCUGUUAGAGGAGAAACGCAUUUUGGAAUUGAAAGCUUGUAAUGACGCCUUUCCUGUAAGCGGUGUGAAACCAGCAGGUUUGGCUGAUGAAUUCACAGUCAGUGUGUUUUUUCACAUAUAUUUUAAUAUGUUUAUUAAUGUGUGCCACCAUAGCUUUAGAGUUGAUAAUAUUACAGCAGCUGUAGCUGGUGGACAUAUCCUUAAUUUCAAAAAUGCUACAUUCUGAUAGUAUAGUUAACAAAGUUAACAUUUUCAUCUAUCACAAUGUGAGGAGGGUAUGUCUGUAGUGUUCUGCACAUUUUUCUGCAAUAAAGAUAUGAUCACUG